AUAAAUACCAAGCAGGCCAAGAGUCCAGGCGUCUCGGGUCAGAUCUGCCUGUCUACUGCGAGGAUGAAGUUCUCCAUGGCUGCCCUCUCCUUCCUCAUCCUUGCUGUUGCCCCUGGAUCCCGGGCCCAGAUUGUGUAUGAUACAGAGAUAAGAGAACGACAGAGGACAAUGGAUCUACGGGAACCUCUAAUUUACAGGGUCUUUGCCCAACCUUCAGACUGCUGCCUCUCCUACACUCCACGAAGGAUCCAGUGUAAACUCAUGGAAGACUAUUUUGAGACAAGCAGUGGGUGCACCCAGCCAGCAAUCAUCUUUGUCACCAAGAAGGGGAAACGCGUGUGUGCUGACCCUAAAAAUUUGUCAGUUCAGAACUGCAUAAGAAAACUGAAGCCAGGAACUGGGUUUCUUGCUUGAGCAAAAGGGACAUGAGUUGCCAGCCACCUCACCUUUAACCCUCUACACCUCCUAUGAGCUUCUUGGCCUGAAUUGUUUUAAGUUUUUUAAUGCUGCCUUAGUUGUAAAAGUAAGGCAUCUAA